AUGACUACUAAAAAACGAGAAAAAUCAAGCACUACUUUAGCACGUGAAAAGGAAGCAGAAAACUUAACAGCACGCGAAGUAUUUGGUAUUAGUGCAGACAAUCCAUAUGCAACAUGGCGCUAUUUUAACGUCGUCGGUCUUGGGAUUGAUGCAGAUACUUCGGACACUGGCUCUGAUACCACUGAUUCUUCCUAUCCUAUGACUAUUGAUACUGUUGAGC